AUAUGACGUAAAAUUACUCGAUUAUUGAUUAGGAGGAUAGUCGUAGUAAGAAACGAUCAAUAACGAGGCCAGUACAGGUGUAGCCAGAAGAAGCAUGGCAGGCAUUCUACUUCGAAGUCUUCAUAAUUUGGAAACGUCGGCAAAUGAACCCACUGCGAAGUGGACCAUCCCUUUGAGCGACGGAAAUCACGUUGUGGAGUUCGAACAUGGAACAGCAACAGGCAAGCGUACAGUAAAAGUCGAUAACAAUGAAAUAGUUCACAGGGAUUGGAUGUUUCGUCUAGUCGGUGACGAAGUUUUUACGUUCAAUAACACUAAAUUUGUAAUUAGAGUUGAUCCGAUGCCAGGUCUUAAAUAUUCAUACUCGUUGUGGGUGAACGGAAAAAGUUACAAGCAGUUUGUUCAGACGCAAUCAAAAGUAUUAGAGACUUGGUUGGCUAAAGUUGGAAAUGAAGAGUAUAGAAUCGUAUUAGACAAGCAAACUCACAGCGUUUGGAUAAAUGGAGAGGAAAUCGAAGCUGAGAACGAAUUCAUGGACGGCGGUGCAGAAAUUCUUUUCUCCGUCGGCGAUUUACCAGCCUCGAUCAGAUCUCAUAGUUCAGAACAAAAAGACAUCGGCAUAGUGUACGAAUUAUACAUUGAUAAUGUUGAAAUUCAACAAGAAGCUCUGUUUGAAGAGCCUUAACUGUGUGUCUCAAUUUAUUAACAGCUAGACUUUUCUUUAAUUGAUGAGUACAAAUUUUCGUUAAUAAAAAAUUGUGUAUACGAGUGCAUCACUAUACAAGUGUAAUACACUUUUUUUGAGAAUGUUAUUGUAAUAUAAUAUAAUGCAAUUUUGUCACUAUUUACACAUGUGCCACACGA